AAAUAACAAUGAAAAUAUCAAACAGUAGGUAUAUAACAUUGCAAUAAAUCGCAUACAUUAUCGUAUACUAUUGUAUAAUUCAUUUUAUACUUGCCUAUCUUUGUUGUUGUUUGGUGUUUGAUUGCAACAUCUUGCCUGGCCACAGCAUUAAAAACCUACACAAGAUAAUUGAAGCGAGUAAAAUUAAUUAUUUUUAAGCUGUUGUAAACAAAGCUUGCUUAUUAAUGUGCUAAGAGUGGAUACAUUGUUUACUGUUAUUAUUUAACUCUGAUAAAACUCAAAAAAAUCAUCCAUCAUGGCUGAAAGAUUUUCUAGUGAUCAGCAUACAUUGAUUAAUCCUAAUCGCCCAGAAUUAAGAUAUAUUGAUCUUCACAUGCGUCCAAAUUGUUUCAAAUUAAGCAAACGCUACACAUUAGCAAUUUUGGCCCAUAUUGGAUUUUUAAUUAUAUUUGCAAUGCGUAGUAAUUUAUGCUUUUUUAAUAUAGAAAAAAUUGAAAAACUUUAUCCAAAUGGUACAGAUUUUUAUAGAAUUUGGGACAUUGAAAGGACUAUGGAUGCAAGUUUUUUAUUAGCCUAUUUCAUUGUACAAAUUCCUGCUGGAAUCAUCGCUUAUAAAUAUCCAUCGCAAUUAUUUUUUGGAAUUUGCAUUUUAGCAAGUUCAAUUAUGGCAAUUAUUCAAUCAGUGACAUUCAACUGGGUGACUUUUGAAUUUGGAUAUGCUGCAUUCUUUCAAGGAUUAGCACAGAGUGCAACUUUUCCUGCAAUUCAUGGCAUGCUGUAUACAUGGGCACCAUCUACAGAACGAGCAACUUUAACUACCAUAGCAUAUUCUGGUACAUUUAUGGGUGUACUUUUUGGAACAGCGUUUUCAUAUCAUGCAUGUUCUUACUUUGAACAGGAACAUUUUUUAGCGUUUUAUGGAGCUGCAGGUAUUAUAUGGUAUUUGACGUGGAUAUGGUUAGUAUUUGAACGCCCAGAGGAUCAUCCAACAAUUGAAGAUUCGGAAUUUGAAUAUUUAAAACGUCAUAUAGAAGUGCCUAAAAUUAAACCACCAAUUCAAUGGAAGAAAAUAUUUUCAUCGAUGCCAUGUUGGGCGUUAUUUGUGGUAUAUCUAUGCAGUUCAUUCAAUUCGUUUUAUCUGUUCCAAGCAGAUUAUAGUCAAAUUAAUUAUAUUCACGUUCAUGAAAACGUUGUGGCAUAUGAAAUUCCAGCUUUAGUAAUGGUUAUCAUUGUACCAGCCAGUGGAUAUUUGGCCGAUUUAAUAAGUUCCAAAACAUCAUUAUCGAAUACACAGAUUCGAAAAUAUUACAUUUGUGGUGGUUUAUUAAUUGAGCUUAUAGCAUAUGUACCUAGCUUAUUCCUGGAUAAAAAUUCAUUGCCGUUUCUGCUCGAUACUGAAAUUUUAGAUAUGAUAUGCUACAGUUUUACAAUAUCAGGAUAUUUUGUAAAUCAUUUGGAUAUUGCACCAAUGUAUGCUUGUAUUACAAUAAGCAUUAGUAAUUUAUUUGGAACACUCGUGGGAGGGUUCCUGUCACAUGGCUCUAGUCACAAGCCAUUUGGAAUUCAAAUUUUCUUCGCUAUCAUGUCAGUAUUUCAUAUAUUCGCCGUUAUAUUUUAUGGAAUUUGGGGAUCUGGUGAUAUACAACCGUGGGCUAAAACAAAUGAUGAUGAGAACGAUCAAAAUUCGAGCCAGGAUUCAACAAGAAAUCGGCAUAAUGGUAUUGAAAAUCCCCUAUGACAAAAUUUUUUUUACUCUAAACCACGAACUCAUUGAAGAAUAUUACAUAUAGAGAGAGUUGGAAAGAAAAUUGGACCUAUAAUUUCAU